AUGCUUCGCUGUGUCAAAGUGAUACACGAUAGAAAAAUCGUUCACUCAGAUUUGAAGCCUGCGAAUUUUCUCCUCGUAAAGGGUACUGCGAAGUUAAUUGAUUUUGGAAUUGCUUCAGGAAUUCCAAACGACAUGACAGCUGCUUUAAAAGAGAGCCAAAUGGGCACAUUGAGUUACAUGGCGCCUGAAGUUUUGCAAGGAGGAAAUGGAGACGGGAAGUUCAAGAUUCCGCUGAAGGCAGACGUCUGGUCGUUGGGAUGUAUACUCUACAAUUUAGUCUACGGUCGUCUCCCUUUUACAAUGAAAAGUCAAGGGGCUAAGAUGGCUGCCAUAUGUAACCCGGACUAUGUGAUAGAUUUUCCCAAUUGUGGUGAUUCUCUGCUGCGAUGUCUUGUUCGUGAUGUUCAUCAACGAGCUGACAUUAACGAAUUGUUGGAGCAUCCAUAUUUGACUGGGCGGCAAUCUUCUCCUGUGUCAAGCGACUCAAUGGAUGCCAGCCAGUGUGGUCCGAAGUUAGACUAUCUGGCUAUUGCCAAAGAACUACAGAAUAAUACUCCCAACACAAUGGCACGACGAUUGGAAGAAUUGACUCGAGGAAAGACAUCUCAUUCAUCAGACGAUCAUGGAGACAGCAAAGUGAAGAAGCUCUUAGCACUCAAAUCCUUUGGAGGUAUUCGAGUGAUCAGCGGCGUUACGAUGGCGUCCAGCCUAAAGAAGAAGACCACCAGUUCAUGUCCGUUUGGUGAAGGUUUCUACAGCAAAAUUACCAAGUUGCUACUAUCGAAGGAGCCGAGCGCAGUGAAAGAGUUGAAGGAAUGCGUGAAAAUAGUGAGCGCUGCGAAACUCACCCCUUCGGAUGAGUUCUGGGACAGUGGCGAUGAGAUAUCCAGUGUUGAUGCGCCAUCAUCAUCAUUGUCCACCACGACGUCUGCGUCCGAGAUUAGAGGUAUUCAGAUCAAGAAGGCUGCAGUAGAAAGGCCUCGAAUCAUCCAUUUGGACACGGUGCCGUCUGCCGAAAAACGUGGCCCAGCAAAAGCAAAGGUCGAUCCACCCCCAGUACCAGAGAAGAAACGGAAAGGACCUAUAGUGUUACUGGGUGCUCGUCGCUCUGACGACUCUGAUUCGGAUGAUGCAAAAACUAGAUGA